AUGAGAAGCCUCGGAGAAAAGCCGCUGCGUCAGGGUGCCCCUGGAGCCACUGCUGCAGGUGACAGCAUGCGAAAAGGUGGCGGUAGAGCGCUGAACAGGCGAGCCUCUGCCGAUAAAAUUCUUACAGCCGAACAUAUCCCCGUUCCAGUACAUUUUAAGACAGGAGAAGUGAUUGGUGAUAGAAGCUGCCUCUUCAGAUCAGUUAGUCUCCUCUUAUAUGGCCAUCAAGACAAUCAUCAAAGAAUAAGGCAAGAUGUUCUCAGUUAUAUGGAACAGAAUUGGCCGGAGUUGAAUAGUUUUGCUCUCAUAAAUGAGCAAAAGCUAAAAAACUUCGAAAAUUAUUAUAAUCUAAUGAAAGAAACUAGCACUUAUGGAAUAAGCCUAGAAAUCCUCUGCCUAUCAGAAGUAUUUAUAUUGAAAUUUAGAGUAUACCACAUACACAGAACAGAAGAACUAGAACAAGUACACCCAGAAUUAGGAGAAAGAGUCACAGAACAACGAUUUAUCAACCCAAAUCGAACAAUAUUGAAAAACAAACAGCUCGCGCAGUUAGAACUAGAACAAAUGAAAAAACAAGUUGCUGAAGAAAUAUUUGCCAUGGAGACAAUACCAGCAAAAAUAGAAGAUCCCGAAAUAGAAACGACCUUAAAAAGUGAAGCAACUACUACCACUCCGAUCACGGAAAAACCAAAAUUCAUAGACCAACAUGUUGACCCCAUUAUGGAAAUUGACGAAAUCGAAAUGGAAGUCCAACAGAAGAUCAUCAAAUGGAAGGGAAGUAACCCAAUAAAUCGACCAGGUCUUCCCAGAUUGAGAAUAAAUCAGUACACCGACAAUACAAUAAAAGCGCUGCUGCACUGGGGUGUCGAAUCCGAAAGUACAAUGAGAGGGUUAAACGAAUAUUCAACAAAAACCCCCAAUCUUUCUACAGAUCUUAAUUACCCGGAUAAGAACGAAAUGAAGGAAUACUGGACGAACAUAUGGGCGAAUUGCCAACAGCAUCAAGAAGACGCAUACUGGAUAGAUCAGGAAGUGGAACGUGCUGCCUACGUGCAGCACAUGCAACCGGUAAGACUAACUGCGCGAGGAAGGAGCCAGGGGUCAGGGCCGACCCCAACCGUCACGCUGGUGGGCGCCUGGAAGUGUUGCCUGCCUUGGUGCGGCGCACAAGACGCCAAGGCACCAUCAAAUCGUACGCAAAUAUCGCCUAGUACCACCACGGAAUCUCCAGUAGACGCAGAACCCCACCACUCCGUCCUUGAAUCCAGUAGCAGUGAUUUAGUACCCCACGUUUCAGCUGUACAGAGGUCUCCACAAGCAGGUACACUUACCGAUAUUCUAGAGGAGGAUUCGGAGGUACUUUUGGAGGAAGAGGAAGACGAAGACGAGGAGAGCGCACCAUUACAGCCCUUAACGACUCGUUUAACCUUUCAAAAAAAGAAAAAUGCGCCCUCUCCUAACCUCAGUGUGAAACCGUCAUCAGGACCUCGGAAAUACCAAAUAACGAGGUCGACAAUAUCUUCGACCACCUCCAGCGAAACACCAGGAGGUGGUCCUCAGGUCACACCGCAAAACCAAAGUAAAAUGCAAGCAGAACAGGGUACCAUCGGGGAUCUGCAGAAGUACCACAACCGAUAUUUGAGGAAUAGGCGUCAUACUCUGGCUAAUGUUCGGGAUAUCCAGAAAAUGAGGCAAAAAACAAUGGCUUCUGAGAAAUGCAUGUAUCUACGAAAUUUUGUCAUUUGCUUGAUAACCACUACAGAUAAAACAGUCAGAAUUCUGUGA